UGCUGAUCACAUUUUGUGUCUCCUUUUUGUUUUCGGAAAUGUAAAAAGCUGGAAAGAAAAACCCGGAAAAAUCCCAUGGAAAGCAUAGGAAAUAAUAGUGCAGUUAAUGAAAUAUUCAUUAAGUAAUUGUACUCAACACGCUUCCAAUCUCCAAGUAAUCUGAAAUUAAAAUUGUUAGGCUCGUUCGUUGGUUGAAAGCUAUAGAACAUAGAUAAGACAUCAUUACACAUAGUCAUUAACAUCAGACUCUUCAAAUUCGCCCCUCCUCAUCAUCUAUUCUAUAAUGGUGGAUACUGGAUUCCCAAGAUCUCAUUUGAUGACCAUUUUCAGUUCAGAAUGGCAUUAAUAAUUUCUCGAGAACCUUUUUGUGUUUAACCCAGUUUGAGAAACUUGACAAAAUGUCAUUUCACAGUCUUUAUCUGAGCCGAUUUCAGAGGGUUUCUUUAGAGUAGGAAGACUCCCUUUUUCCUCUUCUUCUUCUUCUUCUUCUUCUUCAACAAACAGAAAAGGAAAAUAACCAAAAAAAAAAAAAAAACCACCCGAAGCCCUUGUAAAAAAUCAGAGAACCCUGUUAAUGAAAAACAGGGAAAUGGGGUCUUUGAACAAGUUUUCUGAAGCUUUGGGGACAUUUGAAGCGAAGAAAGAGAAAUUCGAGGAGAGGAUGAAAGUGGUGAUGUUUGAAUGUGAUGAAGUUGAAGACCAUUAUCAAGUGAUGCACAAAUUUUCAAGCGGGUGUCUUGAUGAAAUUGGUUCCCGAAAGAGAUAUUUGGAGUCGGUGAAAGAAUCGAUUAUGCAACAGGUUUCUCAAGUGUUUGCUCCAAAGAAGAGGUCGAUUGAGGCGGGGUUAAAUAGAUUAGAGGAGAAAGAGAAAAGGGUGAAAAGGGCUUUGCAGAAAGUAGAAAUGGGGACUGUGCAAUAUGAGAAACUGAAGGAAUCUGUUGACAAUCAGCUGUAUUAUGUUCUGAAGAAAGAGAAGGAGCUUCAAAGUCGUUUUGAUGAGAUGACAAGAAUCCAGGGUGAAAUGGAGAAAAUGAAGACCGAGCUUGACCUAAAGGAGAAAACUUUAAGGUGUUUAAAGGACGAGAAUGAUGAAAAAGAGAAGAAUUUGGAAUCGAGGGUAAAAGAGAUUGAUGAAAUGGAACGAAAUUUGGAGACAAAGAAACAAGGAAUCGAUUCUGAAGAGAAAAGAAAGCUUACUGAACUUGAUCUGCAAGAGAGGAUCUUGUUGAUGAGAGAAAAGGAGCUGAACACCCGAGAAAAUGAGGUGGUUUUCAAUCAGAAACUAUUGCAGGAGAAGUUGUUUCAGGUUGACUCAAAAGAGAAGAAUUUGGGCCUGAGGGUUGCUAAAGUUGAGGAGAUGGAACGCCAUUUGGAGAGGAAGCUACAAGAAAUUGGUUCAAAGGAGAAGAUACAGGGGUCUAAGUUCACUGAGCUUGAUUUGAAGGAGAGGUUUUUAAAGGUAAAAAUAAAGGAGCUACAGAUCAGAGAACAGGAAGUUGCUGCGAAAGAGAAUAUGGCCAGAAGGAAUACAGCUUGUCUUGCUAAUGUAGAGAUCAGCGUGGAAGAAAGUAGCAGGAACCGUGCUAAAGCUCUGGAUCUUCAAAUAUCAGGUACAAAUAAUAGGUCACAAGCACAGGUGCCUGAAGAUAUAAUAGUUCUUGAUCCUGAGCCUAGUCCGAAUUUAAUUUGUCCAGUAGCUCCCAACCCUGUUGCCCAUCUUAGUUCCAGUACUGCUGAGAAAGGAAGACUAACAAGGAACUUCAGUGUUGGGGAAAUUUGGACGUGUUUUGCGAUGGAUAAUUUGCCUAGAAUUCAUGCCCAGAUCAUUAACAUUAUAAACACAGGUGCAGACAUUAAGCUUGCAGCUGUUUGGUUGAAACCUCGUCCAGUGUAUAAAGGUGAGGAGCAGUGGGUAGCCAACGGCUUGCCAGUAUGUUGUGGUAUGUUUGAACAUGGGAGUGCCACGGUUUUAUCUCCCACCAGUUUUUCUCAUAAAACUUUAUGCACUGGAAUUCAACCUUGGAUAAUAUUUCCUAGUGAAGGAGAUAUUUGGGCUAUGUACAAGGACUGGGAUCUUAUCAGAUGGGCUUCUCAUCCAGAAAUACAUAAACAUUGCCAGUAUGAAUUCGUGGAGAUUCUGCCAUAUCCUGUCAUCAACUCUUCAUUUGUGGGCAUUAGAGUCGCUCACUUGGACAAAGUUGCGGGAUCUGUGACAUCAUUUAAGCGAAGGAGACAGAACGAUGGGGAUUCAUUUCUUAUCAUGCCUGAUUGUUUAUACAGAUUCUCGCAUAAAGUUCCAUCCAUUAAGAAGGCUUUUCCUGGUGUGAAUGGUAUUUCUGACUGCACUUUUGAACUUGACCUGAAUUUUCAAUUCUGUCGUGGUCUGCAGCACCAAGUUUUGUGGUAAGGUUGCAUGUCUUCAUAUUAUUUUGGCUAAUGAAGUUAACCUUCAAGUUGGCAUCCAACUCGAAGCCGUGUAAACUUGUUAUGCUCCUUUACAAUUGGAAUCUAAAUCCAGCAACUGUGUAGCGCUUGUAUUCAUUAGUUAGCUGUAUAAUUUGUAGUUUGUGAAUUGCCGGAUAAUUGGUUACCUUUGUGGCUCGAAAUUUUUAGCAACUUUCUAGUUGAUCAUUGUUUUUUGGUAUUCUUUUCUGCCUUUUGCUUCAACACUAUGCUUAGAAGACUCAUUUACUGGAUGCGAAUUCAUCAAAUUUGGAAUGUUCGGAUAAUAUUGCACAGUCCAUUGUAUUCAAAUUUGGAGUUUCUCCUGGUAGAUCUCAGUGCAUUGGUAGAUCAGGGCUUUAUCCUACAGCUACAAUUGUUUCUUCAGAUAGUUAAUUUGGG